AUGUAGUUGGAUGUCGGAUUAGAACUACAAAUGCCGGUACUCACCGCGCUGCAGCCCCGACCGUGAGGGCGCUUUCUGGUGAAUCUGAAUCUCGUUUGUCUGUGACAUGGGGAAAGCUGUCCAAGCCCAAUUCCAUUUUCACAAGAGGCUUUCUUUUUGGAAACAUGAUAGCGGUCUCGCUGGUGUGCGCACGACGAGCCUUGCGGCCGCGGCUUCCUCCUGCGGCGAAUCUGCCGUUGCAUCACAGUGGCUAGUCUCAGGGCCCGCAACGUGACGCCUGUCGAAUCUGCUGCGGGGAGAAGGACGCGAGGGUUGCUUGGGCGGCGACUGUCAUGGCGGCGGCCGCCCCCAAUGCCGGGGGAUCGGCCCCUGAGGCAGCGGGUUCCGCCGAAGCUCCGCUGCAGUACAGCCUUCUCCUGCAGUACCUGGUGGGUGACAAGCGUCAGCCCCGGCUCCUGGAGCCUAGGAGCCUGGGCGGGAUCCCAAGUCCAGCCAAGAGUGAGGAGCAGAAGAUGAUCGAGAAGGUGAUGGAAAGCUGCGCUUUCAAGGCUGCGCUGGCCUGCGUGGGAGGAUUUGUCUUAGGAGGUGCAUUUGGGGUGUUUACCGCUGGCAUCGAUACCAACGUGGGCUUUGACCCUAAGGAUCCUUACCGUACACCGACUGCAAAAGAAGUGCUGAAAGACAUGGGGCAGAGAGGAAUGUCCUAUGCCAAAAAUUUCGCCAUUGUGGGAGCCAUGUUUUCUUGUACUGAGUGUUUGAUAGAAUCUCACCGGGGAACAUCGGACUGGAAGAACAGUGUCAUCAGUGGCUGCAUCACUGGAGGGGCUAUUGGUUUCAGAGCUGGCUUAAAGGCUGGGGCCAUUGGUUGUGGAGGUUUUGCUGCUUUCUCUGCUGCGAUUGAUUAUUACCUCCGGUGAGAGUAAUUGCCUGCAGGGAAGGACGAUGCCAGCCCCGGAUCCGGGCUGCUCUCUGGAGGACAGUUUCUGUACCACACCAGGGCCUUGCUUCAGGGCCUGAAGACAUUCAUUUUCCCUCAUGUCGUUGGUAUUCUGAGGGAGCUGCCUGGCUUCUCUGCCUCCAGCCGUUGGGGCAGCCACACUUUGCUGCUCCUGGACUCCAGCCAGCCUUCACAGAGGACGUCCCGUGCCAGAUUCUCUCACAGCAGAUCGGGAGACAGGAUGUUGACAUAUAGGAAUUCAGCUCCACAAAGCUUCAGGCCUGACCACAGCGGGCCCUCUAGGUUGUUUGGUGUUGUGGGCACAGAGGUGACAGUGUCUCUGCAGGCACUCAGGAAGCUGUUCUACCUUGGAACUCCAUGCAACUAUCUGUCUCGCAUACCACGGCAGGGCAAGGCGGACUGAUGCUGUCCAACCACUUAUCUCACUUGUUUUGUGUUCUGCCAUCCUUGUUUUUUUUUUUUAAAAUACACCCCCCUCCCCCACCGCCACACACCUUGCAGUUCAAAAGGUUGGUUUAUUUGUAUUUUAUUUUCAAAUUCCCUAUUCCAAAAAUAGUGCCGGGUGGCCCAAAGAUAACAUCUGAAGGGAAAGAAUGAGAAAGCUCCCGGGGAGGUGGGGGAUGGGGGCGCUGAGGCAGGGUUGUUAGAGGACUGUGUCAUCCUCACCAAGAUCAUUACAUCUGCCAGGGCCUGCCUCAAGAAGCCCAGCCCAGCCUUUUCCUGGGAUGCAGUGAAAUCCCAUCCAUGAACUCGAUGGGCCCCUUCUAGAAAAACCCUCCUGUGCCAGCCGAGAGGCACACACUGGCUUCACGACGUGACCGAUGGACCAGUCCUGUGCUGGCCGAGAGGCACACACUGGUUUCACGACGUGACUGCUGGACCUGGCCGAGCUUGAGGCCACAUGUGAAGGGUCCUGCUGUGGUCAUCUUGGUGACUCGGUCACAGCAGCUACUGGCCAAGAUCAGACGUCGCUGAGGGGCUCUUCACCACCAUCCUCGUUCUCCAGGGUCAAGGAAGUGUUUUAACAUGUCGUGUUUUCGACUUGACCUUGUGGUAUUUUUCUUGGCCUAGUUGUGUGCCAUGGAUAUUUAAAAAAAAAAAAAAAAAAGCCGUCUACA